UACUCAGUAAAAAAAAUAGUAAAGUCAAAAUUAACUUGCAUACAACAAAUAGCAAGCAAUUACGUGUCACGCAGAUCUGAAUUACAGUUUUCAUAUUUCCAUAUAUAUUAUAUAUAUUCAUAUAAAAGUAAUACGUCAUAUAAAUAAAAAGAUGACUUACGUGUCAGGAGAUGGUCAAGUUCUCCAAAGCAAACCCUGGGGUAUCAGUAGUAUUUUUGGAUUCUUUGGAGGAAUUAUUUAUGGCAUCGCUAUGUUCUUCCAAACCCUGGUUAAUCCAUCAGCGACCAGGUAUGGAAACGGAUACACCCGAAGUUACCGUCCAGGUUCUGGACCACCACGUCCGCCAACGUCGAAAAAAAUCCACGGAUUGAAUUUGAAACCAACUUCAAAUGUUCCCGGCGGGUGUACGAGCUGUCAAGGAUAAAAUAAAAAAAAUACCCAUUAAUUUACAUUCCAGGCGAUGAGGAGCAGGAGCCAGUGGAUGUAAAUAAAAAUAAUUAACAAUUACUACAAUUAUAUAUAACUUUAUUAUUAAAAAUUAAAAUAUCAAAAUUCAUGUUACAAAUUUAUUGGUUUAAACAUAUGGUAUUUGUAUUUACACGAGCUAUUGAUCAUUCAAUAAUAUAAUAAUUUAUGAUAUCCAGUACACGA